ACUUUGUCCAAAUCACACUUCGUCUCCAUUUUCCAUUCCACUUCCAACAACGCGUAUAGGGAGGCUUUCAGCUCUGAGACUUCGCGUCCCGCCGCCCAUUCUCUCUCUUUUUAAUUCUUCUCUCUCCGUCUAUGUGCCUGUAAUAAGGCAUUAUUCAUCUCCCCAUCAAGAAAGCUCAGAAGGCCUCUCUUUCUCUUGACAGAAGCAAGAUAGUUCUUAGUUUGAUGGCAAAACCAAAGCACAAUGCUAAGAAAGUUUCUUAUAUUUCUGUUCCAUCAGAAGUAAUCAACAGUUUAUCUUCUUCUUCGCUGCAGACUCUGCUUCUCUCACCAAAAAAACCAUCAAGGAACAGGUUCUUAAGUUGGAGUUCAUAUAAGAGCCCAAGAGUUUGGUUCUUUGGUCUCUUUCUCUUUGGUUUUCUUGGUAUGCUCAAGUUAUGGUUCGAUCUUGAUCCUUUAGUUCCUUUCUAUCCAUACCCAUGUCUCACAAGUCAAACUCAGGGGAACUCAUUCCCAAAUGGGUACUCAAGAUCGCAGCUUGUUGUCCCUUCAAAUGGCCAAAAAAAUAAAGAGCCUGGACCUGUUAAUGGUAUGGGACAAAAAUCUGUAGUAGCUUUGGCUUCAAGCAGUGAAAAAAGCGGUGAAAGCGCUGCCGAAGACGAGCCUUUGAAGAUUAUUGUUCAAUCUAAGCCCCUACUAUCAAAUGGAUAUGGAAAAUCAGAUGGGGAUGGAAAGGAGAGUGAGUUCUGGAUGCAGCCUGAUGGAUUGGGUUAUAAGCCAUGUUUGGACUUCAGUUCGGAGUAUAGGAGAGGAAGUGAGGUGAUAGUGAAGGAUAGAAGGAAGUAUUUACUAGUUGUAGUUUCUGGUGGUAUGAAUCAGCAAAGGAAUCAAAUUGUGGAUGCUGUGGUGAUUGCAAGGAUCCUUGGUGCUGCUUUGGUUGUUCCUAUCCUGCAAGUCAAUGUCAUAUGGGGAGACGAAAGUGAAUUUUCUGAUAUAUUUGACCUGGAGCAUUUCAAGGGAGUUCUAGCUAAAGAUGUGAGGAUAGUUUCAUCAUUGCCAUCAACACAUAUAAUGACAAGGCCAGUGGUGGAAAGACGAACUCCUCUACAUGUAUCCCCUCAAUGGAUCCGUGCUCGCUAUCUCAAGCGACUUAAUCGGGAAGGGGUUUUGCUUUUGCGCGGUUUGGAUUCAAGGCUCUCUAAAGAUCUUCCUUCUGAUCUUCAGAAACUUCGUUGCAAGGUGGCAUUCCAUGCAUUGAGGUUUGCUCCAUCGAUUGUGGAGCUUGGAAACAGACUUGCAGAGAGGAUGCGGAGCAAGGGACCAUACCUCGCUCUUCAUCUACGGAUGGAGAAGGAUGUAUGGGUGAGGACAGGGUGCCUUCCUGGUUUGAGUCCCGAAUACGAUGAGAUGAUCAACAAUGAGAGAAAACAAAGGCCUGAACUUCUCACCGGAAGAUCAAAUAUGACUUACCAUGAGAGAAAACUUGCAGGCCUCUGCCCCCUGAAUGCCUUGGAGGUGACAAGGCUGCUUAAAGCUCUUGGAGCUCCAAAAGAUGCAAGAAUAUAUUGGGCUGGAGGGCAGCCACUUGGUGGUAAAGAAGCUUUGUUGCCAUUAACCGAUGAAUUUCCUCAUUUCUACAACAAGGAAGAUCUGGCCUUGCCUGGUGAACUAGAACCAGUUGCAAACAAGGCUUCCUUGAUGGCUGCCAUUGAUUAUAUAGUCUCAGAAAAGAGUGAUGUUUUCAUGGCGUCUCAUGGCGGAAAUAUGGGUCAUGCAAUCCAGGGACAACGAGCAUACGCAGGGCACAAGAAAUAUAUCACCCCUAACAAAAGACACAUGCUUCCUUUUUUUCUCAAGUCCUCUCUCCCUGAACCAGAGUUCAAUAGAAUCAUAAAAGACUUGCACAGUGACUCGUUGGGGCAACCAGAACUGAGGAAUAACAAAGCUGGAAGAGAUGUGACAAAGUAUCCAGUUCCUGAAUGUAUGUGCAAGGAUUCACAUACUCAUACCUCCAAGUGAUCAAAUGCCAAAGAUUGCCAACAAAGAGAUGAGAAUGCAACAGAUUGCUUCAUCUGAAACUUGACAUUUCAUCGAUGAAAUCCCAUGAGCUGUUUCAAAAAUGUGAUACAUUUUCAGUAUUGCAGGCAAUGAUGGUUUUGAGGAGCACCAUUUUUGAAUCGCAGCCCCGGCAGGUUUGCUUUCCUUGCAAGUAAACUCAUCAUUCAUCCUUAUUCUCCCUACUUGUAUGUAUGUAGUGUACAUGAGAGGUAAUAUAGGUAUAUUUAUAGAAGAAUGAUAUGUAAUACGGAGUCAUUUUUUCCUAUUCAGGAUAGAUUGUUCUUGUUACCCAAUUCAUUCUUUGUACUAAAACCACCACAGAUCCAUACGUGUAUAUGUAAAAUAAAUAAUUUCCACUCAUAUUUUAUUAGAAUUCUGUCA